UUACCCCUUGCGGGAUAAUCCGAAAAAAUCAUCCCGAUUAUACUUUUUAGUCAUAGUUGCAUGAAAUAUCCAUUCCUACUACCCUUAUUUCGCAUUCCGUAAAGUCCAAAUUAUUGCCACAUGGUGCGCUAGUAGCGUGUGUCAUAUUUUUCUUCAGUCAAGCGCUGUCAGUCAGUGAAUAAAGUGCAAGUUGCGAUGGAGGAGCGUGAAAAAAGUGCUGAAAGGGAAAACCCUGAUAUUGUAAAGAUUGUGGAAGACUGGGGGAUCUCCAACAACGGAAUUUCCCGUCUUUUAAUGUGUGGAAUACGCGGACGGGAGCAUCUGGAAGCUCUGGAUGACGCAACAAUAAGCAAAAUUUUUUGCGACGACACCUAUUUAGGUGAUUGCGUGGUUUUUCGAACCAAAUUGAGACAAUGGAGACUGUGCAAUGGGACUGAAGAUUUGGCAAAUCCAGAAAAUGUUGUGCCACCCCAUCAAGUCCCCAAUCCAAUGCAUAUUUCUGCCGACUCCAAUGCAAUGGUCGGAAACUGUAAAGCCUGCCCCCUUAAAUGUGGUUCAUUGAAGGACUUAUUGAAGUCGAGUCUGAAAGGAGAGGCACUUCUAAAUAACUAUGUGAAGCAUAAUAUGCUUCGUAACUGUGAUCAGAAUGAUCUCGUAAGCAUUAUCAUUGAUAAUCAUUUGAGAUUUGAUUUGAAAAGGGACAGAUAA